AUGGCUGAGAACCAGACAAGGGGUCGUGGCCACGUCGCGGACAGCCCCGGAGCAGAGUCGCCAGCGUCUGCGCCACGCCAAGACACGGGAAGGGAAAACCCGGACUCCGACGUUGAAGAGUUGCGCGUCUGCUUCAGGAAGUUUAGCAGCUCGGACGAAUCCGACCCGAUCAAGGCUCUGAGGAGACUCCGUGAACUCUGCCAUCUGUGGCUGAGGCCGGAUCUUCACACCAAGGAGCAGAUGCUGGACAGGCUGGUGCUGGAGCAGUUCGUGACGUGCAUGCCGCCGGAGAUCCAGGACUUAGUCAAAAGAAGCGGUGCCGAGACGUGUGAGGACCUGGAGGAGGUGCUGAGAAAUAAGCAGAAACUGAAGAAAUGGACUGUAGUCCGUGUCCAAGACCAGGAAUUUUUGAUCCAAGACUUGGGUGUUGAGAUAUUAGAAGUGGAGGUCAGAGACAUGCAUGAUGAGGGAGACCGAUCCAGGGAGCCCCAGUCUACAGCCAGUGUCGUUGCUCCAGACGAGGGCCAGCGGGAAAGCCGGGAGGCGCAGCAGUUGCCAGGAGCCAAGGACCUGUCGAGGGGGCAGGACCAGAAAGCUCUCCCGCCAGAGACCAUUCCUGAAACAGGUGAGCUGGAGGGUCAGACGCCCUCCAAGGAGAACUUGGAGAAGGACCUGCUGGAAGACACAGGAACGAUAAGAACCCUUCCGUCUCAAGAGCCUGAGCUUCUGCAGGAUUGUGAGGGAGACAUUUCCACUAUGAGUGGAUCCAGAAGAGGUCCUCUGAAGAAUCGCAGACAUGUCAAAAGGAAACGGGACAGUAGUCCCACUUGCCAAGACGUGCGUCAAGAAGCAGCCACAUGUUUGGACCAAGGAGAGUUCUCAGGACAGCUUGGGUCCCAUUCCCUUGGUUCCUCUGGCACCGUGGGACCCACCAGUCUUCCUGAGGGAGCAGAAACCCCGGGACGGGCACUCUUUGAAUGCAGGGUGUGCAAAAAGAGCUUUCUUUAUCAAUCUCAGCUUACCCUGCACCAGAAGACACACACAAGAGAGAGGCCCUUUCACUGCGACAUCUGCGACAAAAGGUUCAUACAGCCUUCGGACCUGCGGGUUCACGAGUGGAUCCACACGGGCGAGAAGCCCUACGGCUGUGAUCUCUGCCCCAAGAGGUUCACCCACGACUCCACACUGCGUGCUCACAGGAGGACCCACACCCAGGAGAAGCCUUUCCGCUGUGAGCACUGCGACAGAGCUUUCGGCCACCGCAGGAACCUCAGCGUUCACCAGCGCACCCACUCUGGGCUGAAGCCCUACGUGUGCCCCGAGUGCCACAGCGCCUUCCGUCAGCUGGGGACCUUCAGACGCCACCAGAAAAUCCACUCCAGAUGA